AUGAAAGAAUUCACAGUGGCAAAAAACCCUAUGAAUGUAAACAAUGUGGUAAAACCUUUAGAUUUCUUAGUUCUUUACAUUUACGUGAAAAAAAUCAUACUAGAGAAAGCAGCUAUCAAUGUGAACAUUAGAAAAGCCUUUGGAUGUGACAGUCAUCUUCAAAGACAUGUAAGAACACAUACUGGAGAGAAACCCUAUGAAUCCUUUAGCUGUCACAAUGAUCUUUUGUUACAUGAAAAAAAUCAUACUGGAGAAAAUCCCUGUGAAUGUAAACAGUGUGGUAAAGCCUUUACACAUCAUAGUCCUCUUCAAAGAUAUGAAAAAAUUCAUACUGGAGAGAAACCCUACAUGUGUAAACAGUGUGGCAAAGUCUUUAGACAGUGCAUUCCUUACAGUUUACAUGAAAAAAGUCAUACUAGAGCAAAACCUUAUGUAUGUAAGCAGUGUAGUAAAGUCAUUAAAAGUAGCAGUCACCUUCAAAGACAUGAAAUAUCAUAUACUGGGGAGAAACCCUAUGCAUGUAAACAGUGUGGUAAAGCCUUCAGUUGUCACAGUGAAGCUCAAAGACAUGAAACUCUUCAUACUGUAAUAAAACCCUAUGAAUGUAAACAUUGUGGUAAAGCCUUUAGAAGUCACAGUUACCUUCAGUUACAUGAAAAAAUUCAUACUGGAGAAAAACCAUAUGAAUGUAAACAGUGUGAUAAGGCCUUCACAUUUUCUAGUUCCUUACAGUUACAUGAAAAAAGUCAUACUGGUGAGAAACCCUAUAUACAUAAACAAUGUAGUAAAGCCUUUAAAUGGCACAGUGAUCUUCAGUUACAUGAAAAAAUUCAUUCUGGAGAAAACCCUUAUGCAUGUAAACAAUGUGGUAAAGCCUUUAGACAGUGCAGUCACCUCAAAGACAUGAAAAAAACACAUACUGGAGAGAAACCUUAUGCAUGUAAACAGUGUGGUAAAGCCUUCAGAUGUCACAGUGAUGUUAAAAGACAUGAAAAAAUUCAUACUAAACAAAACCCUGUGAAUGUAAACUGUGGAAAAGCCUUUAGAACAUCACAUUCAUAG